AGAAGCUGGAAGGAGGGAGGAGAGACAGAGAGAAGGUUUGUGUUUUUCUCUAUCACUGCAGCAUUCUUGCAGAGCAGCCUAAACACGACUCUCAGCAGAUAGACAGAGAGAAGACACUGAAGACACAUUGGAUAGGAGAUAAAGAGAGGAAGACAGAAAUAGAGUGAGAAGAAGAGAGAGAGAGAAAGACAGCACCUCCAGAGUGACAGCGGACAAGGAGACCGAGGGAAAAGAGAGACUGCUGGACGAGACACACAUCGACACGUGUGUCAGUCUGUUUUUGACGCGCACCAGAGGAUUCGAGGGGUUCCUGGUGUGUGUGUGUGUAUGUGUGUUUGAGGGGUUGAGGGUGUGUGCGUGUGGUGUUGAUGGGACAGUAAGAGAUGUGUGUAUCUCAGUAUCAGAGGGGCAGUAGCCCCCCUGCCCUCCUCCUCCUCCCUCUGUUCCUCCUCUCCUCCUCUCAUCUACUCGCUCAUGGAGCCAUCCAGAUCCCCCAAAACUAUAAAGUACAGAACAUGUUACAGCCUCCUACUCUGACAAAGAUGCCUGAGUCCUUAACGGCCUUUUCAUUAGACGAUAUCAUGCUGCUCUGCGAGGCCACUGGCAUCCCCACACCCAGUUUCCGCUGGGUAAAGGAUGGUAAGAAGUUGAACUGGAUGGGACAUAAUGGUUCUGGAAAUUUCACAGCCCAUGGCGACAAGCCGCUCAGCGAUUACCAAGGACACUACCGUUGCUACGCCGACAACACCCUGGGAACAGCCAUGACACACACCGUCAAACUCAUCACUGAAUCGACACCGACCCUCCCUAAGCAGAAGAGAUCACAUAAAACGGCAGAGGAAGGAGCGAGUGUUGUUCUCCACUGCAACCCUCCCAGGAGCUCCACCAUCCCUCACAUACACUGGAUGGACAAGAAACUGCUCCAUAUAGGUCAGAGUGAGCGUGUGACGACAGGUCUGGAUGGGAACUUGUACUUUGCCAAUGUGUUGAAGAACGACAGUCGAGAUGACUACACUUGUAAUGCUCAAUACAUCUCUGCGAGGACCAUCCUGCCUAAAGAACCCAUCUCACUCACUGUCACACCUAGUAAUGACGUGGCUCGUGGCAGGAAGCCCCAGCUGAUGCAACCUCAGGGCCCCCACAGCUCUCACCUGGCCCUCAGGGGCCACAGCCUGGUACUGGAGUGUAUCCCUAAAGGGCUUCCUACUCCUACGGUAUUGUGGAAGCAUAUGGAUGUUAAUCUGUCGGAGACAGGAGCCUGGACAGAUAACCACGGCAGGUGGCUUCGGUUUGACAGCAUAACCCAGAAGGCAGACGGAGAGUAUGAGUGUCUGGCUUCAAACACACAUGGAUCCGUCACACACUCCUACACUGUCACUGUGGAAGCUGAGCCGUACUGGGUGAAGGAGCCCCCGUCACUGUUGUACUCCCCUGGGGAGACAGUGAGGCUAGACUGUCAGGCCGAGGGUAUCCCCACCCCUACUGUCACAUGGAGUAUAAACGGAGAGCCUGUCGCAGAGGUAGACAUUGACCCUAGGCGGCGGGUGACCGGAGGGGUGUUGGUCCUAAAAGAUGUAGUGUUUGGUGAUACGGCGGUGUACCAGUGUGAAGCCACCAACAAACACGGAAAUAUCCUCAAAAAUACAUACAUCUAUGUCAUUGAGCUGCCAGCUCAGAUCCUGUCCUCUGAUGGGGUGGUAUAUCAAGUUACGGAGGGGGGCGUGGCCAGACUGCAUUGUGAGGCCUUCGGGUCACCCCGUCCACAGGUCACAUGGGAGAGUGAGGAUCUCCAGAACACCUUGCUGUCGGACAGUCGUGUGUCUCAGCUGACCAAUGGGACUUUAGAGCUGUUUAAUAGUAGCAGGGAGGACAGUGGAGUCUACACCUGCUCCAUUACACACAACAACACCUCCAUCACCGCUCACCUGGAGGUCCUCAAACGUACGGUGAUGCUGAUCGGUCCCCAGGCUGUACAGGUUACGAGGGGAGGAGACUCCUGGUUGGACUGUCAUUUCACCUUUGACCCCCAUCUGAACCGACCCCAAAUCCUCUGGAGGAAAGACGGACAGAAGAUCAUGGAGUCAUCACUGGGAGACAAGUACACUCUACUUGGGAAUGGAACCCUCAGAGUGACAGACGUUCAAUCAGCAGACGAAGGGCUUUACUCCUGUGAGGUCAUCACAGAUCUGGACAGCGUAUUGGCCAGUGGCUCCAUCACUGUAGUGGCCUGUCCCAGCCCUCCAGUGUUUCUGUCUCUGUCUGAAGAGCAGGACCACAACCUGACUCUCAGCUGGACACCUGGAAACACACACAACUCCCCCACCACAGAGUUUGUGGUGGAGGUAAAGGAGGAGAAACAUCCUGAGGGGAAGUGGGAGUCACACCGUGUGACUGGGGAUGUCAAUCAUCUGGAGUUACACCUCCUCCCGUACUCCACCUACCGCUUCCGGGUCAGCGGGGUCAACAGACUGGGGAGGAGCGACCCGUCAGAAAUCUCUGAGGCCUACAGCACCCCACCCACAGUUCCUGAAAGUUACCCUCUAAAUGUGCGUAGUGAGUCUACAGAACCAGGAACACUGGUCAUCAUGUGGGAGGAGAUUGACCGUCGUUUGUACAACGGGUCGGGGUUCCAGUAUAAGGUGUCAUGGCGACAGGUUCAGGAGCAUCACUGGAGCCAUACCCAUGUUCCACAUCCUCCCUACCUGGUGAACGGAACCAGAGCGUUCUCUAGUUAUGAGAUGAAGGUCCAGGCUGUCAACUCUCUGGGAGAGGGGCCGCAUCCUGUUCCCGUUAUAGGACACUCUGGAGAGGACUACCCGCUGGCCUCUCCAUCUAAAAUCAGUGUGUCAGUAGAUAACAGCUCAGCCAUUGUACGGUGGCAGCCGGUUGACACACACACGGUCCAGGGUCACCUGCUGGGUUAUAAGAUAUAUCUGAAGAGGUUGGGUUCCCAGGGAGGAAGAGAGCAUAGAGUGAUGGUACGCAGAGAGGUGAGAGAGAUUAAGGGAGGAGUGGAGCGAGGGACAGAGAGAAAGGAGGAGAGGUGGGUUGUGGAGGUGGACGGCAACAAGACAAAAGAGGUGGUGACGGGGCUCAAACUCUAUUCCCUGUACGAGCUGUCAAUGACAACCUUCAACAGAAAGGGGGAGGGGCCUCACUCCCCGACACACCCCUUCAGGACACCAGAGGGAGUUCCUGGUCCUCCUGCCUCUCUGGAUUUUGAGAGUCCGUCGGAGACAGAGUUAACCCUUCACUGGAGGCCCCCCACUCAGCCCAACGGACAACUUGUGGGAUAUGUUCUACAGUACCAACAGAUUUCAGACAGCCGAAACAGUCCUCCUCAGGUAGAGGUGAUCUAUGACCCCACGGUGACCCACUUACCGUUGGAAGGUCUGGACCCUCAUAGCCGCUACGUCUUCUACCUGAGGGGACGCACAUCUGCCGGACAGGGACCCCCAAUCACACGGGAGUGUGCCACCCUGCUGGACGGAGUACCUCCCAGUAACAUCAGUACAGUGGUAGGAGAAAGGUCAGUCAACCUGAGCUGGGUCCCUGGAGACAGAUAUAGGAACCACAGCUUCCACAUCAAAUACCUCAGCAAGACUGUUGGGGGUAAGUGGGAGGAGUCAGAACAGGUUAACACGUUGCAGGCAUUCUAUUCGCUUACGGGUCUUCAGCCUGGAACACAGUACCGCCUCCUCAUCACCCAUGGCAACUACACACACUGGGAGGACGAGAUACAGACCACCGGUCCAGAGCUGCGUGGUGUGGAAGGGGAUUUUGCUACUCAAGGCUGGUUCAUAGGGCUGAUCAGUGCUGUAGUGUUGCUGUUGUUGCUGCUUCUGGUUCUCUGUUUCAUCAAGAGGAGUAAAGGGGGCAAGUACGCAGUGAAAGACAAGGAAGAGAGUCAGAUGGACUCCGAGGCUCGGCCAAUCAAAGACGAGACGUUUGGAGAGUACAGUGAUGGUGAUGAGAAGCGGUCAGUCAGUCAGCCAUCUCUGUGUGUGGAGAGUAAACUGGGGAGUGACGACUCCCUUGCCGAAUACGGAGACAGUGUCGACAUCCAGUUCAACGAGGACGGCUCUUUCAUUGGUCAAUACAGUGGCCGAGGGCCCGCCCCUACAGGAAAUGAGAGCUCUGGCCCCGCCUCCCCUGUCAAUCUAGACCCACCUCCGCCUCCGAUAGGCCCCUCCUUCGCCGGAAUACUGGACAGGACCAGUUAAAUAGAACAGACACACACACCAUCAGACUGCCUGCAUGAAGACCUCUCAUUCCUGACACCACUGCCAUCAGACUGCCUGCAUGAAGACACAUCAUUCCUGACACCACUGCCAUCAGACUGCCUGCAUGAAGACACAUCAUUCCUGACAUCACUGCCUGCCUGCCUGCUAGACAUACACAAGUCCAGUACAUUCCAUGGGGGUACAGAGAAGUCAUUUACAGAUCAGCUUGCCUUCUCUACUCAACGUUUACACACACGGUAAUACACACAGGGUAGUACACACAUCUGGUAACACACAGUAAAACACACACUCAGAAUGCAGCAGCCACUACUCCAAAACCCUUUGGCGCAGUGUACCAUAGCGCACUUCGCUUUAUCACAGGUAACAGGUUUAAUCCUCACCACUGCGUCCUUUAUCAGAAGGUCUGCUGAACCUCAAUAAAACCUCAUAGAACACUUCUUUACUCCCUUUUUGUUGAUAAAGCAUCCAACACUUCUCUUAAAAUUUAAAAUGCAAUGCACCAAACCCGCUCACAGGGCUGGUCAACUCUUAAGGUCCCUCGUGUCUCUACCAACCAAUCAGCUUUUAGUUUCAACACCCCCCCCCCCAUCUUGAAUCACUGGUGCCAAUAGGGCAGUUAAGGAUCCUGAUGAAACUCACUGAUGUGUGUGAGUGUUCUUUAGAAUGCUGAUGGAACUCACUGAUGUGUGUGAGUGUUCUUUAGAAUGCUGAUGGAACUCACUGAUGUGUGUGAGUGUUCUUUAGAAUGCUGAUGGAACUCACUGAUGUGUGUGAGUGUUCUUUAGAAUGCUGAUGGAACUCACUGAUGUGUGUGAGUGUUCUUUGGAAUGCUGAUGGAGCUCACUGAUGUGUGUGAGUGUUCUUUGGAAUGCUGAUGGAACUCACUGAUGUGUGUGAGUGUUCUUUAGAAUGCUGAUGGAACUCACUGAUGUGUGUGAGUGUUCUUUAGAAUGCUGAUGGAACUCACUGAUGUGUGUGAGUGUUCUUUAGAAUGCUGAUGGAACUCACUGAUGUGUGUGAGUGUUCUUUAGAAUGCUGAUGGAACUCACUGAUGUGUGUGAGUGUUCUUUAGAAUGCUGAUGGAACUCACUGAUGUGUGUGAGUGUUCUUUAGAAUGCUGAUGGAACUCACUGAUGUGUGUGAGUGUUCUUUAGAAUGCUGAUGGAACUCACUGAUGUGUGUGAGUGUUCUUUAGAAUGCUGAUGGAACUCACUGAUGUGUGUGAGUGUUCUUUGGAAUGCUGAUAGAGCUCACUGAUGUGUGUGAGUGUUCUUUAGAAUGCUGAUAGAACUCACUGAUGUGUGUGAGUGUUCUUUAGAAUGCUGAUGGAACUCACUGAUGUGUGUGAGUGUUCUUUAGAAUGCUGAUGGAACUCACUGAUGUGUGUGAGUGUUCUUUAGAAUGCUGAUGGAACUCACUGAUGUGUGUGAGUGUUCUUUAGAAUGCUGAUGGAACUCACUGAUGUUUGUGAGUGUUCUUUAGAAUGCUGAUGGAACUCACUGAUGUGUGUGAGUGUUCUUUAGAAUGCUGAUGGAACUCACUGAUGUGUGUGAGUGUUCUUUGGAAUGCUGAUGGAACUCACUGAUGAGUGUUCUGGUUGACUGUAAUAAUGUAUUUGUGUUGUAGUAAUGUAGUGUUUCUGUAACUGCUGCUUUUUGCUGUUUUAUUAAAUGAUCAUAUUGAAUAGUUUGUUAUCAGGGCACCACUGAGACGCUGAUUUAAAUUGGGCUUCCCUGAACACAUACAAAUUGAAUAAAAAACACACACCUAAGAGCCCGACCAAACCCUGACACUCUUAGUCCAACCAUCCGUCCUUCUCUCCAUCUCUCCAUCUCCUCAUCCCUCCUCUUCUCUCCAUCUCUGCCUCUCCUCCCCUGAGAGAGAAGGGGUAGGAGAGGAGAUGGAGAGAAGAGAAACCUUAUCCUUACCCUAACCCUCAUACUAACCCUAACCUUUAAACCCUAAUUCUAACUUGUAAUUGUAGCCCUAAAACUUAAAAUAGCCUUUUUCCUUGUGGGGACCAGCAAAAUGUUCCCACUUGUCUGAAUGUUCCUUGUUUUACUUAUGGUACCCCCAAUGAUAGUAAAAACACACACACACACACUCUCUUCUGUUUCUCUCUCUUUCUCUUCUCCCGCCCCUAUGGAAUCCAUGGACUAGUCAAGCUCUGUAGCAAACUUCUACUACUGGGCUGAAGGAGGAGGGGGCAAUGGAGGAAGGAAGAACAGAGGAGGGAGAGGGAGGUAGAGAGAUGGAGAGAAGAGGGAGGAGAGAAUCAGAAGUAUCAUUCUCUGAAUGUAAAUAGAAGCUGAAGAUUGUUAUCUAUCUGAUCAUUAUUUGAUCAUUUCAAUUGAUCCUUUUUCAAAGUGAUUAGUUUAAUGUAACUUGGUUUUGUAGCUCCCACUGCUCUCUUCAGUUAGACUGCUGUUCCUGUGUGUCAUCAUAUCUACGAUAAUAAUCAUCCCAACCUGGAUGGUUUCACUCUUUCUUUAUUGGCUUGUCGUCCAGACGCUUGUGUUUAGAUCGUAGAAAAUCUUUCAACUUGUGUUUCUGUAUGUUAGAUAAACAGCAGCUAUAGAUUAUUGAUAAGAAAUGUCAUCUGUAACAAUUUAUUAGUCAACAUUGAUAAGAAAUGUCAUCUGUAGAACUAUUUAUUAGUUAACAUUGAUAAGAAAUGUCAUAUGUAACAAUUCAUUAGUUAACAUUGAUAAGAAAUGUCAUAUCUGUAACAAUUUAUUAGUUAACAUUGAUAAGACAUGUCAUCUGUAACAAUUUAUUAGUUAACAUUGAUAAGAAAUGUCAUCUGUAACAAUUUAUUAGUUAACAUUGAUAAGAAAUGUCAUAUCUCUAAAACAAAAAGGGCAAACCAAAGUUCAGUCAACGUUAAAAGAACAUGACAUCAUCAUUACAUCAUCGCCAGGAGUAGAAGCUCAACGCAUCACGUCUUUUGAAAAGUGGGCAGGGCAAAGAGGAACAGGAGAGAAGCCUGUUUGGCCCAGAGCACAGAGGCCAGUUUGGGGUGUUGUUCCCGGUAUAGCAGUGUCCCUGGGCAUCUCCGAAGAUUGAUAUGUCAUAUUAAUGUGGUUGAACACUUUUAAUGGCAUUGUGAGCAGAGAGACUGCAAUAUAGACAAACUGGAAUGAACCCAAUACGCUCUACAGACUCCUCUCUGGUCUUGUCCAGCCUCUGCUCUAUGCUAGUCGGUACUAGGAAAGUUAGACAUUUCCGACUUGCUAAGUUGUUGAAUAUGGCAAGUACAACAAUUAGCAUGCAAGAGAUUUUGGAGUUUCCUAGUUCCGACUAAGAGGUUAAUGUGUCAUAUCUGUCAGGCUGUCUGGGUCAAUUCAGUUUCCUCUUAGAAGUCUGUCUGUCUGUCUGUCUGUCAGGCUGUCUGGGUCAAUUCAGUUUCCUCUUAGAAAUCAAUUGGAAAUGAACCUGUCUGCCUGUCUGCCUGUCUGCCUGUCUGCCUGUCUGUCUGUCUGUCUGUCUGUCUGUCUGUCUGUCUGUCUGUCUGUCGCAGCCUUCUUUUACAACUAUAAACACAGAGAAAAACAACAAAAACUACAAAAGGGAAAUCUUUAAAUAUGAAUAUUUUACAAUAACCAAUAAGUAUAUGACUAAUAUUAAUAAUAAUAUCAACAUUAAUAUUAAUACUGACGUCUAGGUACUGGGGGAGGAAGGGAGGGAUGAACACAGAGGGGAGGGUUAAACAACUGAUAUUGUACCUGCUUGUUGUGUAUCUUAUUAAUUAACCCCACAGCUAAUAAUAAACUGGGACUAUGCAU